AUGAAUGGAUAUUCGGGGACGAUGUCGUCGGACAAGGUGAGAGUUGGCAUCCUGAGCACAGCUGCCAUUGUGGGCAAGGUUUUGCCUGGCCUCAAGCAUGGCAUGGAGGUUGUGGGAGUUGCUUCGCGCGAUCGCCAGAAAGCUCAGGACUUCUGUAAGGAGCACGACUGUGGUGUAGGAAUGCUCUAUGACGAGAUGCUUGAGCGUGACGACGUGGACGUGCUGUACAUCCCCUUGCCCACCGGCUUGCGAAAUGAACGCAUAGCACAGGCGAUCUCGCGAGGAAAGCAUAUCUACUCUGAGAAGCCCAUGGGGGGUACUGCAGCUGAGCUUGCAGAGCUCACCAAGCUUUGUGAAGAGAAAGGGCUUCAGUGGAUGGAUGGCACCAUGUGGUAUCAUUCCAUAAGGACGAAGGAGAUUGAGAAGAAGCUGCGAAAUGGCGAUCUUGGCCAGGUGCUGCGCGUCUCUGCCUCCUUCACCUUCAUGGCUCCGGACGAAGCCUGGCUUCAGGGAGGCAAUGGCCGCACGGAUAAGUCCAGGGAGCCCAUGGGUUGCCUGGGAGACCAAGGCUGGUAUCCUCUCUCUGCCAUUCUUUGGGCCUUCGGAUGGAUAAUGCCCGAGAAGGUGAUGUGUACCCACGUCACAAUGAACAAGGUCGACACCAUUGUACACUGUGCAGGCACCUUGUGGUUCCCUGGCAAUAGGUCUGCAGUCUUCGAUUGCGGGUGCACCGCCCCCCAUCGCAGUCAGUACGAGAUCAUCUGUGAGAAAGGCACCGUGAGAGUGGAUGACCUCGUCGGUGGCCAGCAGCGCACCGGGAACUUCGCAGCCUACGAGGUGCCCUUUGUCGGCAGUUCGGAGUAUGUGCAGGGCGAUGUCAUGGGCAAGGACGAGGUCAUGCGUGCGGAAGCCUGCGAUCAUGUGAAUCUGCUGGUGGAUGAUUUGGCGAAUUGCAUUCGGGCAAUCAAAGCCGGUGGGAAACCUGAUCCAGACUGGCCACACCGAUCCCUUGCGGUCCACAAGGUCAUGUCAGCUGUCUUUGAAUCUGCGCAGAAGGGUGGAGCAGCUGUUGAAAUUGUAAGCUAG